AACAUGCCUCCAAAUUAAAAGGAAAACCACUCGGUGGUUCCUGCGUAUCGUCGGCGAAAGACGACGAUGAUGUGGCGGCUGUCGCGGGUGGCGGACUACUCCCAGUACGAGGCGCUGCAGCGGCGGCGGGGGCAGCGGAAGGAGCUGCCGGGGGAGCCCGGAGCGGGGGCGGCAGCGGAAGGCCACGUGCCGGUCUACGUCGGGGAGGAGACGGAGCGGUUUGAGGUUCCGACACGGUUGCUGAACCGGCCAGCCAUCGUCGAGCUGCUCCGCCGGUCCGCCCAGGAGUACGGAUACCAGCAGCGGGGCGUCCUCCGCAUCCCCUGCCCCGCCUCGCUCUUCCGCCGACUCCUCGCGGCCGAGGAAGGGAAAGCGGCGGCGGCGGCGGAGGGAGCGGAGGAGGAGCUGCUCCAGUCCUAGUUCGACGAGCGGUUCCUGUCUUCUUUCGACCGGAGUUGAGCCGGCGAGUCGAAGCGGGAGCUUCGCUAUAGAUAAGCAGCCGCCGGCCACGGAGUGUGGUUGUGGAAAAUAAAGCUCUGGCUAUCUCUCUCUUUCGAUCUUAUUUGUCUUGUCUUCUUCAGACAUGUUAAUAUAUUAAAGCUAAGAUUUUUGAUAGGCGUUCA